CGCCAGUCCGGAUUAUUUCGUCGUUGGUGUUGUAUCACAGGCACAGAGCACAGACAGAACGCCAUGGAGAUAGAGCAAAGGGCAUAGACCAGCACAAAAGCAGAGAGAUAAGGGCAAAGUGUCUGCUAGUCUGCUGCCUGGUCCUGGUUUGUUGGGGUUUUCAAAACAACCGUGAAGCCACGUACUUUUGUAAUGUGAGUUACGAGUAGAAAUAAAAUCAAUAAACUGCAUAAUAUAUAAUUCAAUAAUGGUAAAGGUAUGCUGAGGUAAAAACAUGAUGGAAUUCACAUUAGUGCUAACCAAUAGGUACAGGAUGCAUAGUUUUUAGCAGUUUCAAAAAAAUUGCACUAGUCAAUUAUAUGCAAUCAUCUGAGAAAGCCCAGAAAACAACACAAACAAAUACGAAAGAAAAGUGUUUGAAUCGGAAACAUUGUUUGGUAACAGCAAGCAAAAGGAACAAAAUGUUGGCCAUUCAAAAGCUAAUGUUCUUGCCAGUUGUGGUACUAUUCAUCAACCUUUUCAUCUCAGGGUUGGUAAUCAACUUGAUACAGCUUUUGCUGUGGGUUUGUGUAAGACCAGGGAGUCGAUGGUUAUACCAAAAAGUAAACUAUUAUCUGCUCUACAUUUUGUGGACUCAAAUUGUUUUUAUUGGUGAGUGGUGGUCAUCUUCCACAUGUGCAAUUUUAACAGAUGAUGAAACUUGGGCUAAAAUGGGAAAAGAGCAUGCAAUUGUAAUUAUGAAUCAUUCCUUUGAGGUUGAUUGGCUCAUGGGAUGGCUGGUUUGUGAACAGUCUAGGUUACUGGCGAGCUCCAAAGUUUUUAUUAAAAAAUCUAUUAAAUGGAUACCUAUCAUUGGCUGGGCAUGGCAGUUUGGUGAAGCAGUCUUCCUUGAGCGCAACUGGGAAAAAGACAAGUUGAUCAUGGGGAAGCAAGUAAAAAAUCUAGGAGAAUAUGCCGAUCCCGUCUGGCUUCUACUUUUUGCGGAAGGAACAAGAUUUACUCCUGCCAAACACGCUGCUUCUGUUGAGUUUGCUCACAAAUCUGGUCUUCAACCAUUGCAACAUCUGCUCCUACCAAGAACCAAGGGAUUCCUGUUGACGGUCCAAAAUUUGAGAGGGCGUUUUCCUGCCAUAUACUGUGCUACUCUUGCAUUUAAUUGCAAGGAAGGCUCUACACCUACUCUAAAAAACAUGUUGCUUGGCCGCCGAGUAAUAGGUGAAAUGCUACUUGAAAGGAUUCCUUUAGAAACUAUACCUGAAAACCCAGAUGAAGCUUCCAAAUGGCUUUAUAACAAUUAUCGCCAUAAGGAUCAUAUGUUGGAUGUCUACAAGAGAGAGGGGUCAUUUCCUUCGUCGGACUUAAUUGGAGAGCAUCAUCACUUUCGUGGGCCCAUACGAAGUCAUUACCGUCCAAGACGAUUGUGGUCUGUUAUCAUUAUGUUGACUACGUCAUACUUCACACUGCCUCCAGUGCUCUAUGCUCUGUAUGCCCUAUUCUGCUCCGGAUUUAUCAACGUACUGAUUGCCGUCUCGUUAGUUCUUGCAGUGAUGUAUGCACUGUAUAAAUUGGUGGCUCUAACUCGAGUCAGCAAGGGUUCAUCAUACGGACGCUCCGACGCUGAAAAGAAGACAUAUUAGCUUGACAGACUUCCAUUACUAUUCUCAAUGGAAGAUGGAAGACGUUUAGAACUGUACCGUGUGGUUAUAGUACCUCAUGAUGUCGAGAUGAUGUUGCUACUUUUAGUGAUUUUUGGAGAUGCAAAACCAAAACGUUUCUUUUUACAAUAGUAUUACUAUUUUUCAAGUUAGGUGAAGAAAACCAGCAAGUGUUUCAUUUUAGCCAGUUUCGGGUAUCAUUUGUGUAUUUUCAAAAUUGUCUUGUACGGUUAAUAUUUUUAUGGUAAUAACUAGUGUAGGAAAUAUGUGGACAGCACUGGACACAAAACGGGAAACGUGAAAUUAAUUAUUAUACAACUGCAAAUUCCCUGUAGGGAAUAGCAGCGAUAGGAAGACACAGAAGUCUGAAUCAGAAAUGAUUUGCCCGAAACUUAGAUUUUAUAUUUUAUCAUUUUAUUAUUCUUGAAUUUCCCAGUGCAGGGUUAUCCAUUCAGAAAUGGGUAUAAUUAAAGCGAAAGAUACACAUUUUCUUUGUAUUUUGGUACAAAUUUUAAAUAUUUAAUUCAGGAAUGAUUGCAAUAAUGAAUUAUGUCACAGUAUGGUUGUAGUAUACGUUUGAAAAGUAACUGUGUGCUUGCCGUCAAAUAGUGCCGUCAAUAAGCCCAUUGUAAAUUUUCCAGUCAAAGUGUUAAACUUUAAGCAUUAUUUCGUCUCGUCAUUUAUACUUCCCAUUUAGUCCAAUUUUUAAUGACUGGUACUUUUCUCA